GUGGUGUUAUCGGUCGGGAUAUUUGUUUAUACUUUAUGUUCCGUGACUUUGGCGCGAAUAUAAAUAAGCAGUGCUUACGAUUAGAAAGGCAUUUUGUUAAGCACAUGUGUGCUGAAUAGUACAAGAUCAGGUGUUUAGUGUGUUUUGUUUAUAAUUACCAUACAAAUUCUUGUUUAUGUUGGCGUAAAGAGUGUGUUUUGGUGGUGUCCAAACUUGGCAAUUUUCGAAAAAAAAACAAAAAUUAGAGACCACAACAUGAACACAAGAUUUCUGAUUCUAUCCCUCUUCCUGCAAGUCAAAUCUGAAACUUAUCACGGCGGCAUUUUGUACCCUCGUCCGUCCGAAACUCGCCAGGUGGUCUCUUUGGAUGGUCUUUGGAAUUUCGUGGUACCUCAACCCAACCGUCCUCUCCAAGGCUUUGACGAACACUGGUACAAAAAGAACCUGAAAGAGUUAACAGAUGUUGAAGUGCACAUCAUGCCAGUGCCAAGCAGCUACAACGAUAUCACUACCAACUGGAAAAUACGGGACCACGUCGGGUUGGUGUGGUACGACCGGAAAUUCUUCGUGCCGAAAUCCUGGUACCAAAUCGGUAGGGUUUGGUUGAGGUUCGGGUCGGUGUCUUACGCGUCUCAAGUGUGGAUUAACGGCCGCUUGGUUAUGGGUCACGAAAUCGGGCACCUACCGUUUUUGGCAGAAGUCACCGAUUUUCUCAUCUAUGGCAAAGAAAAUUUGGUAACGGUAGCCUGUGACAACACUCUCUUAGCCGACACGGUUCCUCAAGGCAAAGUAGAUACACUAGAAACGGGAAGACUGGUGCAGACUUACAAUUUUGAUUUUUUUAAUUACGCAGGCAUCGAUAGACCUGUAACGCUGUACACCACACCAAAGAACUACAUAGAUGAUAUUACAGUUGCCACUGAGACAGAUGGCGACGUAGGCUUCGUAGAUUAUAGAAUAAGUUACAUAAGCGACGUUAAUGUCACUUGUCGGGUCAGCCUUAUCGACAAAAAAGGUAACGUAGUGGCCAAAAGUGACGAACGCGACGAGCCUUACGGAAUUCUGGAAGUCCCAAAGGCGAAUUUUUGGUGGCCUUACUUGAUGGACCCCAAUCCAGGUUAUUUGUACACUUUACAAGUGGAAUUGUUAAGCGAACACCGUGAUUUGAUCGACAAGUAUAGUCAACCGAUUGGUAUCCGAUCUAUAGCCUGGACUAACACGUCGCUUUUGAUUAAUAACCGCCCUGUGUAUCUUCACGGUUUUGGUCGCCACGAAGACUCGGAUAUAAGAGGGAAAGGUUUGGAUUUACCUUUGAUAAUACGGGACUACAAUUUGAUCAGAUGGGUCGGGGCCAAUGCUUAUCGUACCUCACACUAUCCAUACGCUGAAGAGAUAAUGGAUUUGGCUGACGAGUUUGGGAUUAUGAUUAUCGAUGAGUGUCCUAGUGUGGAUACGGAGGCCUUCUAUGACUCGUUGUUGAUUAAACACAAGAACUCCUUGACUGAGUUAAUCAAGAGGGAUAAGAAUAGACCAAGCGUGAUUAUUUGGUCGGCUGCUAACGAACCAAGAACGCAGUAUCCACAAGCACUAGGAUAUUUUAAAGAAGUGAUUAACCAUAUCAAAAGUCUUGACAUUACUCGACCGACGACGAUUGUAGAAGCACAACCUGUCAAUAGCGUGUACUCUUCACAAUUUGUGGACAUUAUCAGUUUUAAUAGAUACAACGGAUGGUACGUCAACGGGGGCAAUUUAGACGUAAUUCCAUUGAGUGUGGUCGCGGAAGCUACUGCGUGGCAUGAAAAAUUCAACAAACCGGUGAUCAUGCAAGAGUACGGAGGAGAUACUCUCGAAGGCCUUCAUUUCACCCCCGAUUUCAUUUGGUCCGAAGAGUACCAAGUCAAUUUAAUGUCAAAACACUUCCAAGCUUUCGAUCAACUGCGAACAAGAGGGUUCUUUAUCGGUGAAUUUAUCUGGAAUUUUGCUGAUUUUAAAACGGCCCAAACUUUCACAAGAGUUGGCGGAAACAAAAAGGGUAUUUUCACGAGAAGCCGCCAACCUAAAGCUAGCGCCCACCACUUGCGCAAACGAUAUUGGUCUUUAGCGACACAACUGUACAAUGCUACUCUUCCUAAUGAUCUCUACAACUACGUGGCCCCACCUGUUGUUGUACAUGAAGAAUUGUGAUUUGUUUUUAAUAAAAGUAUACGAAAACUUA